AAAAAUGGCGACUUCCAUGUGCAGGGCAUGGGUGUCGAGAAACAUCAAAGUUUUCAGUAGAGGAAUUUCAUUUUCAGCUCGCAGACACCUACUGUCAGAAGCAUACAGUUGUCAAGAUGCCUGGCAAAAGCGAUUACAGUCCCCUAUUCUUUCAAAUGUUUCAUUAAAUGAAUUUGCUGUCCAGUUGCGUGACCGGUUUGAGAAACAGAAAAGAGCCAGUGUGAUUGAUGUUGAUAUUCUGGUCAACAAGAUGCACGAGAUGGAUGUCUCGGACGCCGACUACAUGGAGGACCUCAUACACAGAUUUCGAAAUAGUGAGGAUGCCAUCCCAGUCAGAGACUCAAUAGUCCAUGCCAUCGUCCGUGCGUACAUCGAUCUCGGGCUGACGGACAGACUCCUGGACAUGAUGAGAAAUAGGAGGGACUAUGGUAUUUUCCCUGACAGCUACGCCACAAACAUCCUCAUGGAUCACUUCAUCAAGGGAGACAAUUAUGCAGAUGCGGCAAGGGUGUCAUACGAGGUGAUGCUGCAGGAGGACUUCAGCCACCCCAUCUCCUUCAGACUGUCGCUCCUGGCAGCCGUCAAGCACCUGCUCACCUCUAACAUGGCUGACCUAGCACUGCAACCAACACCUGACAAUCCUGAGGAGGAGGAAGAUUGGGUGAAGGUCAAGGUCAUCAGAUUUCCUUACUAUGAUGACCACUUUGAUAUCAAGGACGAGCGCUUUCUACUUGGCAAGACCCUCUACAUGCUUGGUGGCUGUGUUCAGAACAAUGACAGGCUCAGUAGCUCCCUGAAGGUGAUGGGCCUGGGCUUGUACCAAAAGUUUGACAAGGGCUUGCAUCUCCUUGAGGAAAUUGCCAACACCAACAAGAAGGAUGCUAUCCAUGAAGAGGCUUUGAAGAUAUUUGACGAGAGCAUUAAGAAUGCAGAAACACGUGACCCGAACUUGGAGGAGAAGGAUUUUGGUCUGCGGACAAUCGAUGACGAGGUGUUUAAGUUGCGGCUCACUCCUGAUGGCAAGGAAGAGGUGACUCAAAGAUUUGAGGAGAUUGCCCUCAAGCUGCGAAGGAACAACCAGACUGUGGAGGACAGUAUGCUGCCUGUGGUAGAGUCUCUAGCAGUGUCGGAACUCCCAACACAUGAAGCUGCCGACAUGACUGCCCAGAGGGCGAUGUUGGAGAGGUGGGAGAAGGAGCGGAGUGAGUUGGUGGAGGCACAGAUGAAGCAGUACAUGAAGCAGCAGCGGGAGGAGGAGAUCAAGCAGCAGCUGAAGGAGCUUCAGGAGAAGGAGGAAUUGCUGCGUUACUUUGAGUUGCGAGAUCAGAUCAUCCUGGCGAAGUCACGUGCACCAGAAAUAAAGCCUCCCAUUGUGGAUGAUGACGAAACACUGAGGGAGAAGAGAAUCAAACGGAGGAAAUAUCGCCACCAUAUAUAGACUGAAGUGCAGCCUAGAAUGGGUUGAUGGUGUUUGCAUAACGGACAUGUCGGCAGCCUUUGAAAUCCAUGCUCAUCUGCUAGCCCGGAACUACUAAAUUGUGCUGAGGAAAAGAAAACAUCCUAUGAUGGUAGUCUUCAAUGAUUUGUAGCAUUUGAGGGCUAUAAUUCUGAAGCAGUUCUCAAUGCUUCAAUUUCCUACAAAUUGGAACUGAAUAAACCUGACAGAAAAUGUAAACAUAGUAAACGUUUGGUCUUGAUCAAUCUGGACUAGCUACAAACUCUGAAGACCAGAGAAAUAAAGAAUUUCUAGGGCUGGUCACAGUUUGAAAGUAAGUGGGUCCUGGGUGCCCCCUGUUUUUCUCACUGUAGUAUCUUUAUCUGGAAACCCCAAGCAUCUUUGGACAUCAACAUUAGGGUGUUAGGGACUCCUUGGAUUUGUGCUUAGUUUUGAACACUGAAAUCAAAUGAUUGGUAAUUGGUGUCAUUUCAGAAGUAGUGUCAGUAAUUCUGACUCAUGAUACCAAUAUGUAGACUAUGCAUGACAUGUGGAAUAGGAAUCGAUGACAGAUGGGUACACAGAGUGACAUGGGUUCAUAGCUGGAAAGUAACAGCCGGAAUGGCCAGUGACAUUUGCAACUGCUGAGUUUAUAUUAGUCUACUCACAACUGACUGACCGUUUUGUGAACUUUGACCGGCUACUGAAAUGACUAACAAGAUAUGGACAUCAGCCAAUUAGAAAGCAGCUUUCUCGAGCUUUACGGCACUCGUUUCAACCUGGCGACUUUCAUUUCAGACUACGCUUGAAAAAUAUGUUGACACAUUUGUCGAUUAAAAUUUUGAAAAAUGAAGAAACAAACAUUCCGGAAUGUCUAAUAUAUGGCUGAGAUUGACAGACUGUGCAGCGCCUCUUACGUUCAAAUGUUUCUCCCACGGAAGCGAGAGAAAGACGAUAAUUUUGACAGAAUCAGACGUACGGGCCGUAACUGUCGUUCGGAAAACCCCGUGUUAACCUUUUUCGAGUUUGCAUGAUCAGAAAACACAUUCCGACUGUCACUUUCAUGAUCUGGUAAGCGACGCUUUGAUUGGUUGGAUGAAAGGUUGUUCUGACGUGACCCAUAAUGGGAUGUCCUCAGAUCUUUGUUUAGCGAUAGCGAGAACUAAGAUCUGAUUUUAAUGAAAUUGUACCAUUGUGAGAAGGCACAAAAAGCCCAUUGUCAUCUGAUGUUAUGAGCACGUUUUUUCAAAUGUUAGGCAAAGGUUACUAUGGUAACAUCUGAUUAGAUCACUGUAAAAUUACUGAUUUUAUGUGUGUGAUAAAAGAGUCACAAAGUAAUACAAGUAUGUAAAGAAUACAUUGAAGAAUGUGUGAGGAAUACAUCAAUGAAUACAAGUAUUGUUAGAAGAUCAUUGUUUCAUGGAUGUUUGGUACUGCAGCUGGCAUAUUAGUGCUGAUUGUACUGACGAACAUGGUGAUGUUCAUGUAGAUUAUGUUCAUGGAUAUGUUUUAGACUGUUUGAUUUUUGAAGAGUGAUGUAUUAUGAAAAUAAAGUAACUGAUUCAUGUUACUGUUGUCAGAUCAUAAUGACCAAAAGAGCUGAUAAAUGUGUCUGUUUAUACAGCCCAAAAUAGCAAUAUUGAAAAAAAGUAAAAAUAUAAAGCACA